AAUAGAAAAUUUGAAGCACAUUUAUGAGUGGGACGACCGAUGUACUCUAUUUUACGCAUCUUUGCGUUUAGAGGAAGCAGGAGCCAGUUGGUUUAUGGCUCAAAGAGGACAAAUCACCAAUUGGACUCAAUUUAAAACCAAUUUGGUGAUUGAUUUUCCCUCUUCGACUGACUCGUCAGACGUGCUGGUGAGUUUAAUGGAAAGGAAAAAAAAAGCGGACGAAAGCUAUGAGAGCUUUGUAUAUGCAAUGCUUGCAUUGGGAAGACGGGGCAAUUUUUCCACAAAAUCCAUAAUUCAGUUUAUAAUUUCUGGUUUGGGGGACCCAGCAUUAAUUGAAAAUGUAGCUAUGGCAAAAUGUGCGUCCAUAGGUGAAUUGCUAGAGCUUUUAAAUUCCUUGUCUAAGAUAAGGGCACAAGUAAAGAGUAGGGACAAAUUUGACGGUAGUGCUAAGCACAAAGUAAGUCAUCAAAAAACCAUAAAUGGUUCUAGAAAUAACGUCUGGCCGCCCGUUCAAGGACACACUAGAGAUGUCCAUUGUUUCAAAUGUAAAUCUCUUGGUCACUUCGCUCGUGACUGUAAAAAAAAUUUUAAUCAACCGAAGUCGAGCUCUCAGCAAGUUUGCUUUAACUGCAAAGAAUUGGGACAUUUUGCGCGAAACUGCCGAGCAACUAAGCGCCGACCUUUUGCAGCUAUAGAUGGGCCACCGAACAAAAUACGGCGAUUGGUGAAUAACCAACAAAAUGAGGGGGGAUUAAUUAAGGAAAUUAAGGUGGGCGAUUUCAAGAUAAAAGCAUUUUUAGAUCUGGGUGCCGACUGUUCCACGUUAAAGCUUGUGGAAGCAAACAAGUACAACGUAAAAAGACAACAUUGUCACGAAGUACUCAAUGGAUUUGGGGGAGGAACAACUAGUUCUACGGCGAAAACCCACCAAACAGUUACAGUGGGGGACGUCACUAUGCCCAUCGAUAUAUAUAUUGUGGAAGACAACAGCCAGGACGUUCCAAUGAUUUUAGGUCGUAAUUUCCUUGAUUCCCCUCGCGUUCGUGUCGUUAAAGAAUUCGGAUCUCUCGCGAUAGAAAACGUCAAUCCGAGGAAGUGA